AUGUAUACGAUUAUAGCUAGAGCAAAAAAUCUCAAAGGUAGAGAUUAGAAAUUACCCAGAUUGCUAGUCACUGGUUGUGCAGGCUCAAUAGGAUAGAUGAUGGAAAACGUUUUUAUGACUAUUUUUGAUUACGAUUUAGUUGGAGUUGAUAGAAGUAAUAGAAUUCAAUACAGUUUUCCACUCAAGGAUGAUAUUUUAGGGUCUCAAUACCACAAAUUUGAUUAUAUCUAUUAAAACGAAGAGUUUUGUAAAAAUGUUUUGAGUGAUAAAUUGAUUGAGAAAGUGGCUCACUUGGCAGAAGUUUCAAGAGAAGAAGCCAAUCACGAUUAUAAUCUAGCCAAAAAAUAUAAUGUUGAAGGAACUAGGCUUCUUGUUUAAAAUAUUAAAGAUCACUGCGAUUUAAGCAAAAUGCACAUCUUCUUCAGAUCAGAUAUGAGUGUCUAUGGUGACAGAACUGAUAAUCCUUUAAUUAAGGUCACUGACACUCCAAAGCCUAAUCCUCUCGAUUACUAUGCUCUCACUAAAUUGGAAGCUGAAAACAUUAUUAAAGAAUCUGGUAUUCCCUACACAAUUUUGAGAUUCGCACCCAUUUGCGAUCAUUUAACAUAGUGGGUAGAUCUUCAUCCUAGUUACUUUUAUUUCGGAUUGGAUUAAAAAAUAGAAUGGAUUACUGCUAGAGAUGCUGCUAAAGCAAUUAGAUAAGGUAUUUAUAAAUCAAAUCUAAUUGAUAAGUAAACUUAUAACAUUGGUGGUGGCUCUAAGUUAGUUAUGAGACAUAGAAAUUUCAUGAAAGAACUUCUUAAUGCCAGAGGUGUUAUGAUUGAGAAUACUAUAGAUUUAGAUCCUAGAGCUUUCCCUAAUGUUAAUUUAUAUGGUGGUAUUUAUGAGGAUUCAGAUUAUUCUAAUAGUGUUUUAGGUUAUAGAAUGCAACCCAUCGACACAGCAUACUUGAGAUAAUUAUAUAGAUAUCCCUUCUUUAUGAAAUGGAUCAAUAAGCGUAUACCCUAUAAAUAUAUUAUUAAUUAGCACUACAAAACUUCUGACAUUUUCUAGUCAGUUCUCAAUGAAGAUGACGAAUUCGUAUCUAUUUAUUUUGAUAAAUCCAAAGUUUUACCAAAAGACAAGGCUCUUGAAAAAUUAGAAAAUGAAUUAGCUGUUGAAUAGGAUGAAAUAGAUCUUUAAAAAAGGCUAUUAAGAAAUGCCCAAAAGAAAGCUAAAGCUGACUUUAUUGAAGCUUGUAAAUAGAGAGACAUUAGGGAAGCCAUCGAAAAGAAAUGGCGUAUAAAGAGAUAAGAACUCAUUGCUAAUGGUUUAAAUCCUGAAUCAAUUAACUUAGAUGAAGUAGAAAAACUUGAAGCUGAAGACUAACUGAGAAGAAAGGAAGCAGGAGAAACAGAAGAAGAGAAAAAAGAAGAAAAGACAGAAUUAACAGAAGAAGAAAAGUAAAGAUUAUAAGAAUAGUUAGAAGACGAAGAAGAAAGAGAAAAGUCUUUUAACUUUUGA